CUGCACCGAUGAAGACAAGGAAGGGCACGGCCCGUGCCCACCACUCUUCCCCUUCAUCUCCUCUUUCUGCUCCAUCAGCGAUGAUGAUGGUGGCCGUGGCAUGUGAUUGCGGUUCCCUUUUGUUCUGGCUUCGCUGUGGCACAUCGGCUGGCUGGCUGACUGCAUCGAGCACAGCAGGCAACACACGGCAGUGGAUGCUGGAUUGGAUUGGCUGGGGUUGAUUGGCCAAUCAUGUCAUGUCGCCCAUUUCUCUCUCUCCGUUGCUCAUCUCAACUGGGAACACACACAGCGAUGUGUGUAUGUGUGCGUGUACAUGCGUGUGCAUCGCCAUCAACCACGCCGACAGCGACACGAUGCACGAGAGAGAGGAACCCAUCCACAUCCAACACCCAUGCCCACACCCACCACGCAUGCCACGCCAUGGCGAGCUGUGCCACCUCAACCAACCCAACUCAACCCAGGCCAAGGAAAGGAAGGAGAGGGAAGCAAGGACACAAGAGGUGGGGCUCCCAACAGAUGUGCGUGUUGAUGGAUGGUGUUCUCCUUCCCCCCACCCCCAUCGCCUCGCCUAUUGCUUCCAUGGCGAUCUGGCUGGGUGCCUGUUGCCUCCUCCCCUUGUUUGUUUUCUCUUCCAGCCCUUUGUGGCUGUUGAUUGUUUGUUGUGACUGUGAGGAGGAGGGAGAAGGGAGCGAAGGAGGAGGAGAGGAGAGGAGAGGGGUGCAUGCUGUCCACAGCUGUGUGUGUGUUGUGUGUUUGGUUGUGUGUGUUUCUUCUUCUUUUUCCAUCCCCCUUUCUUCUCCCCUUCCCUCCUAAGCCUGCAAGGCCUGUGAGCCUGCGUUGCACUCACACACAGUGCUGUUCCCCUUCUUCUUCUUCUUCUUCUUCUUGUCUCAUUGAAACCAACCAACC